GGGCCAGUCUGGGUCUUACAAUUUAGGGGCCCAAACAAACCACUCCGUAUUACUCCAUCGGAAGAAUAGACUCUGGUGUCCGAUUGAAUAAGGCCGGAAAUAGACUCUGUCCAUCAGAAGAACGGAAGAGGCUGCAAUUCCGAUAUCCGAUUGACGCUGAUUCUCCGCUUUAUUGCUUCUGUGGCUCUAUUCUUCUUCCGGACGCAAUCCGAGCUAAGAAUCCACGUUCUAGCGCAGCGCAGCGCAGGCCCAAAAAUUGAAUAACCCAAUCUCACAACCACAGUUCAAUCGACGCUCACCCUGGGUAUUCUCUUCCAUCAUCCAUCUUCCACCUUCUUCACCCUUCAAAUUUUAUCACUCGGGCUGAUUAAUCAUCUCAAUUCCCUGGAUACCAUUCCUGCUGUGCCGCACUCUAUCCGCAAACGAACGUCGUCCGCAAUCCUUCUGCACGACUCCCCAGUCCCCAGUCGACUCGAACAACAAAGUCAGACAGUCUGCAUCGGACUUGAACGAUUGAAGAGUUGAAGCUGCCAGCGACGAACCCUUGUGAAAGACACAAAGGCUCUGGUGUUGCAUUGAAGGCUUGAAGAACAGGAUAUCCCUUGCCGCUUAUUUGUGAGGCGAUGAUUGUGAAUUGAUUCGUCAAUAAAAAUGUCACUUCUUCGUGUUGGACGCACUCGAGUGCUUCUUUCUUAUAAUAGAACUCUUCUUCAGCCAUCAUCAUUAUCAUCAUCCAGCUUGUUGUCAAGGCAUGAGUUCAGAUCACUAGUUGAUACCAAUAUCAUAUUCUCCAAUUCGGGAAGGCAUAGUAUAGGAACAUCUUGUUCAUUGUUGAACUUCCAGCACCAAUAUGCUACUAAAGCAGCUUCCGUAGAGAAGAAAUCAAAGAAGAUGUUAUUUUACCUGACAGGUUUGGUUUUUGGGAUGGUAGGAUUGAGUUAUGCAGCAGUUCCUCUGUAUAGGAGGUUCUGCCAAGCUACAGGCUAUGGGGGUACAGUUACACGUAAGGAGAGCGUUGAAGAAAAGAUUGCUCGGCAUGCCAAGGAUGGAACUGUCAGCACCAGGGAGGUGGUUGUACAAUUUAAUGCCGACGUUGCUGAUGGAAUGCCUUGGAAGUUUAUUCCUACACAACGAGAGGUAAGAGUAAAGCCAGGAGAGAGUGCCCUUGCCUUUUACACUGCUGAAAAUCGGAGCUCUACUCCAAUAACGGGUGUAUCUACAUAUAAUGUCACUCCUAUGAAGGCCGCAGUGUAUUUCAAUAAAGUGCAGUGCUUUUGCUUUGAGGAACAGCGGCUUCUUCCUGGGGAACAAAUUGACAUGCCUGUAUUUUUUUACAUUGAUCCGGAGUUUGAAACAGAUCCCAAGAUGGAUGGUAUCAACAACUUGAUCCUCUCAUAUACAUUCUUCAAAGUGUCCGAUGAAUAGCAGCUGGUUCCUAUUGCGUGAUUAACCUUCUGUGUCAUAGGUUUGCACUUUCAUGACAUGUUUUAAUAAGUAUACCAUCCUCUUUAAAUUUAUACAUGGGAAAUGUGUGGGUCAUACUCUGUUUAUUCUACAUGACUACAUCAAUCUUAUGCUCUUGAAGGGUUGUCAUAGCUAGGGUUGGCCAAGCCAGCCAUGUUGGCAUGUUGCCACCGGUUCACUCGUUGGUAAAAAGCUCUUCCAAGUGUAAAUUUUUUAAUAUAAAGUUUAUAUGGAUAAUUAUUUUUUGGGCCACCUGUAUUAUUUUUUUAAGAGUUGCGAUAUUGCCAGCCAUUAGAAUUGGGAUGCCUUGUGCGGCUGCACCAUCUUUAGACAUUAUUUAUUUGUGUAUGUAUUUUUUGUUCUGAAUUCUAUAUGUGUUUUAUUGAUUCUUUUUUCUAAGCAGCA